UUCGAAAACGAAUGCGGCGCGGUCAAGACAAAGGAAUCGAUUUUCAAUAAAUCGAAAAGCGGCAGAAAAUGUAGCGGAAAAAUCGUACAAAAAUUUGUAAAAAUAAAGGAAAGCCGUUUUUCAAAUAAUCCGAAUUAUUUUGUGUUUUUGUGUCUGUGGAAAAGUGUGCUGAAACGCGAGAGCGAGAAAGAGAGAAGAAAGAGCGGCAAAUAAAUGGCAAAAAGGUGAUAAGUGAUAACCGCUGUCUCUCUCCAUCGCCAUAUUCCUGUCUCUUUCCCAUUUUCUACCCCUCUCUUUCGCCUUGUGAAGGGCAUUCCGUAAAUAUUUAGGCGUUUCUUAUCGGAAGCCCGCCAGCUGAUAAGCUUUGAUAACAGACAAUGCGACAAGUUUCACUCUCUUCGCCGCUCUCAAUCUUAAUUUUCCCAUUCGCGAACAGCUGUUAAAGGCAACAACAACAGCAAAAAUUAAGAACAAAGCUCAAACAGACCGCUGCAAAAAAUAUUGUAAAGGAAAUUCUCAAGCCCCUGAAACAGGAACAAAAAAUACAUUUUUUUAAAUAUAUUUUUAAACAGUUAAAAUAAAAGUCAAUAGAAAAAAUACAAAAAUGGGAAAAGAUCGACUGCCUGAGCUUUUACAGCGCUCACUGAGCACGAACUCGACGAAUUCGUCGUCCAACGGUUCACUGCUAUUAAACGUGUACAGUGGAACCACGGAGUUCAUCAUCAACAACACCGGCGGGAACAAUAAUAGUUACAGUGUGGUCAGCCAAAACAACAACAUCAAUACUAGUGGCGAAACCAAGGAUCGAUCCAGUGCAAAAAUGGCGCAGUAUGGAUCGAAUGUGGACGAUAUACUCAAUCCGUACACGGAGAUACGCCAACAACUCGCACAGAUAGCCGGCAAUUUGGAGGCGAUGAACCGCAUGUCCCAAACGAUAAAUCUGCGAACGUUCAACGAGAACGAGAUGGAUGAGCUUCACAACAAAAACCUGAGGCUGGGCAAUACGCUGAUGACGAGAUUCAAGGACUUCAAGGCAAAUCUUCCUGCGGAAAACGACUACAGUUUGGAGGCGAGGAUGAAAAGGACCCUCUUUUACGGCCUCCACCAGACUUUCAUCAAUCUCUGGCAUAAGAACGAACUUUUCCUGCAGAAUUACGAGACCAAAGUCAAAAAGAAUCUGAGACUGCAUACGAAAAUCAUUAAUUCAGAAGCCAGCGAACAAGAAAUCGAGUUACUCAUCGAGAACAAGACAACAAAACUCUUUGUGGACAAUUUCCUGCAGGAAACGGAGAAGGAGCGGCAGACACUGCGCGAAAUGAUGGACAGAUUCAACGAGCUGCGCCGCCUGGAGAAGUCCAUCGAGGAGGUCCACGCCCUGUUCAUGCGCAUCCAGACCUUGGUGAUGGAGCAGAGCGAAGUGAUCCAGCGGGUGGAGUUCCACGCCCAGCAGGCCACCCUCCACGUGGACAAGGGGGCGGACGAACUGGACCAGGCGGAACAGCACCAGAAAAGGGCGCGAAAGAAAAAGAUAAUGCUCAUCGCGAUACUUGCAGCAAUUUUGUUAGUAUUACUCUUCGUUGGUAUUUAUUUGUGAUGCACCUGCGACAACUAUUUUUUUGCUUAUUUUUAAGAAUUAUUUUUAAGAAAAUAAACUUUAAAACCACA